AUGUCCAUCUUCUGGUCUGGGCUCGUCACCGCCACUGCCAUCUGGCUCGCAUACCUGGUUGCACUUGUCAUCUACCGCCUAUAUUUCCACCCUCUGGCUAAGUUUCCAGGACCAAAAUAUGCGGCAGUAAGUAGGUGGCAUGAGUACUUCUACGACGUUCAUUUGCAAGGGAAGUUUAUUUUCUACAUUGAGGGUCUACACAAAAAGUAUGGACCAAUUGUGCGCAUAACCCCCGAUGAGGUUCACAUUCUGGACUCUGAUUUCUGGGAAACCAUCUUCACCAAAGCUGGAAGAGUUGACAAAUAUGACUGGUUAUCUGGUCGGUUCGGUAACGAGAAUUCCGUCUUAAGCACUGGUCCAGAUGAUCUCCAUCGAACUCGACGAAACGCUCUGAACCCGUUUUUCUCCAGGAAGAAGAUUAUUGAACUCCAAGGCGUUAUUCGCCAAAAGUUGAAGCUACUCCUCAGUAAGGUCCAGGAGUAUCAAGACUCUGGUGCCCCGUUCGCAAUCAAUCGUGGAUACAUGGCAUUUGCCGAAGAUGUCAUUAUGCAGUACUGUUUUGCUCAUGAUUACAAUAGUCUUGAUGCUCCUAAUUGGAACCCCAUUCUUCAUGACCCAUUUCGAGCAGUCAGCAUAAGCGGUAAUAUGUCUCUACAGUUUCCGUUGUUGCCGAAGAUCUUGAAUACCCUACCACAAUCUUGGCUGGUUAAACUCGAACCAUCAUAUGCUCUUGUUUUCCAAAUGCAGCGGGACUUUGCAAAGCAAAUUGUGGACUUGAAAAGUGGCAAGAUUGAUACAUUAGCCGAAAAAGCCAGCCAAGGGACAGUCUUUUCGGAACUACUUCAUGGAGACCUGCCUCCAAGCCAAAAAUCCGACCUUCGACUACAAGAUGAAGCUCAAUUGAUCAUUGGAGCGGGUCUCGCCACCACAGGCUGGACAUUGAGCGUCGCCACGUUCUACCUUCUGAGCAAUCCAAGUGUGCUUGCCCGCUUACAAAACGAGCUCAAGGAAGCAAUCCCGACGGCGGAUAAGUCAGACCCAACGGCAAACCUCGAAUGGACAGAACUCGAAAAGCUUCCAUAUCUUACAGCCUGUAUCAAAGAGGCUAUUAGACUCUCUUAUUCGACCACCUCAAGAAAUGCCCGCUUAUUUUCCAAACCAAUCCAGUACGGCAGUUGGGUAAUCCCGCCAAGAACGCCUAUUUCUAUGACGAUUCCGUUUCUUAACCAUGAUGAAGAUAUCUUCCCCAACUCCACCUCAUUUGUUCCUGAAAGGUGGCUCGAUUCACCCAGAACGAAGAAUGGCUCUCCCUUGGAUCGUUAUUUUGUAGGUUUCGGCAAGGGAACAAGGUCCUGUUUGGGAAUCAACCUAGCAUAUGCAGAAUUGUACUUGACAUUGGCUGCCACCUUUCGCUACUUUGACUUUGAGUUAUAUGAGACGGAUAAAACCGAUGUAAAGCUAGCUCAUGACUUCUUCCUACCCUUCCCCAAGUUGGAAUCGAAUGGAAUUCGUGUCAUUGCCAAAGCUUAG